AUGCCGUCUGGUACUUUUCCAUCAGGGGACAGUCAGACGCAGUGGUCUCUAUGCUCAAAUACCUGCUCAGGGAAGAACUCGGAGGGCAAGCAGACCAGAUCACGCCUCCAUUCUGGCCCUACAACGCUGGGGAAGGUAGGUUUUUGGUGCCCCAACAGCAGCGCCUUGCAGGAGGUCCGCAACUGCAAUGAUCAUCCCUGCACCGUGUACCACUGGCAGACGGGACCCUGGGGUCAGUGCAUAGAGGACGCGUCCAUUCCGUCUGCCAACAGCUAAGCUGAGCCGACUGGAGCAGGAGUCGGCACUAAUGAUGCGCUCUGCUCCACCGGAAUGCAGACGCGCAAAAAUCAUUUGUGUCCGGUCAAUGCUGGAGCCAGGUGCCACCGAAAAAAGUGUCCAGAGAGUCUGCGUCCAGAGACUGUUAGGCCGUGUCUUCUGCCCUGCAAGAGAGACUGCAUUGUCACUCCUUACAGUGAUUGGACGCCCUGUCCUUCCUCCUGCCAAACAGGUGGUCCUGUCAAAAAGAAACAAUCAAGGAAACGCAUUAUCAUACAGCUUCCAGCUAACGGGGGCCAAGACUGUCCAGAAGUGCUCUUCCAGGAGAAGGAAUGUGAUGCUGGAUCUGUUUGUCCAGGCUACAGGUGGAAAACCCACAAGUGGCGCAGGUGUCAGUUGGUUCCCUGGACCAUUCGUCAGGAGAGUCCUGGAGCACAAGAGACCUGUGGACCAGGACUACAGGCUAGAGCCGUAUCGUGUAAAAAGCUGGAUGGUGGACCUGCAGACGUUGCUGCCUGUCUUAAGUUGGCGGGUCCUAUGCCUCAACUCACUCAGUCCUGUCAGCUUCCAUGCCAGGAUGACUGCCAGCUGACCACCUGGUCCAAAUUCUCAUCCUGCGCUGCUGAUUGUGUGGGUGUCCGAACUAGGAAAAGAACUCUUGUUGGUAAAAGCAAAAAGAGAGAACAGUGUAAAAACACACAGAUGUAUCCUCUGAGCGAAACCCAGUACUGCCCCUGCAACAAGUACAAUGCCCAGCCCGUGGGGAACUGGUCUGACUGCAUCCUGCCCGAGGGCGGGCGAGUAGAGGGCCUUUUGGGUAUGAAAGUGCAAGGUGAUAUCAAGGAGUGUGGCCAGGGUUGGUUUCAAGCCAUGGUGUGCUAUGACCAGGACAGCCGCCUCGUGGGAGCGUCACGCUGCAACAGUCACGGUUAUAUAGAGGAAGCGUGUAUCAUCCCGUGUCCGUCUGACUGUAAGCUCAGCGAAUGGUCAAAUUGGUCCCGUUGCAGUAAGUCCUGUGGCAGUGGAGUCAAAGUGCGGUCCAAGUGGCUUCGAGAGAAACCUUAUAACGGUGGCAGGCCCUGCCCCAAACUGGACCAUGUCAAUCAGGCUCAGGUGUAUGAAGUGGUACCAUGUCUGAGCGACUGCAGUCAGUAUGUCUGGGUGGCUGAGCCGUGGAGCGUCUGGAAGGUCAGUAAUGUUGACCUGAAGGAGAACUGUGGAGAAGGUGUACAGACGAGGAAAGUCAGGUGCAUGCAGAACACUGUCGAUGGACCUUCAGACCCUGUAGAAGACUAUCUCUGUGAUCCAGAGGAGAUGCCGCUUGGAGCCAGAGAGAGCAAGUUGCCCUGUCCUGGGGACUGCGUUUUGACUGACUGGGGCCCUUGGAGUCGAUGCCAAUUGCCAUGCAAUGUGAAUAGUACAAGGCAGAAGACCGCCAGCCCUAUACGUCAGCCUGGGGAUGAGAAACAGUGUCCUUCAACUACAGAGAAAGAAACGUGCACCUUGAACACCAACUGCUUCCAUUACUCCUAUAAUAUCACAGACUGGAGCACAUGUCAGCUGAGUGAACGGGCCGUAUGCGGGGUUGGAUUCAAGACACGCAUGCUCGACUGCGUUCGCAGUGAUGGCAAGUCUGUGGACCUCAAGUUUUGCGAGGAGCUCGGUCUCGAGAAAAAAUGGCAGAUGAACGCUUCCUGUGUGGUCGAGUGCCCUGUCAACUGCCAGCUGUCUGAUUGGUCGUCCUGGUCUGAAUGCUCUCACACCUGCGGUCUAGCUGGGAAGCUCUGGAGAAGGAGAAUCGUGAUCCAGGCCUCUCAGGGAGACGGACGCCCGUGUUCCUCACAGCUGGAACAGUGGAAGCCCUGUCCUGUUAAACCCUGCUACAGCUGGAGGUACAGCGCCUGGUCUCCAUGCAAAUCUGAGGGUGCUCGGUGUGGAGAGGGCCUGCGCUUCAGGAACGUGUCCUGCUUUGUGUCUGAUGGCUCGGGGAAGGAUCCGGGCAGUAUGGUGGAUGAGGAACUGUGUGGAGACCUGGAGCAGACAGUGGAUGGGGAAAAACAGAUCAUCCUGCAGGAGUCCUGCACUGUGCCCUGCCCAGGUGAGUGUUACCUGACAGACUGGACUGUGUGGAGCCCUUGUCAGCUGAGCUGUAUCAGCGGAGACGAUCUGGGCUUCGGUUCGGUGCAGGUGCGUUCUCGUGCCGUUCUAGCUCAGGAACCUGAGAACCUUCUCCAGUGUCCAGAACAGGAAUGGGAAGCCAGGCCAUGUACAGAGGGUCAGUGUUAUGAGUACAAAUGGAAGACCGGUCCAUGGAAAGGCUCAUCUCGACAAGUCUGGUGCCAGCGCUCUGAUGGAUUAAAUGUCACAGGUGGAUGCCCGUUGACAAGCGAGCCGGUGUCUGACAGAUCAUGUGACCCAGUCUGCGACAAACCUCGCUCCUACUGCACCGAGGCUGGGGUGUGCGGCUGCGAGGAGGGUUACACUGAGGUGAUGACUUCCGAUGGAGUGCUGGAUCAGUGCACGCUCAUCCCGGUGCUUGAGAUCCCCACCGCAGGAGACAGCAAGGCCGACGUGAAGACGAUCCGAGCCCUCAACCCCACUCAGCCCACCGCCAACCUACCAGGCCGCUCCGGUCGCACCUGGUUCCUCCAGCCCUUCGGACCCGAUGGCAAACUGAAGACCUGGGUGUACGGCGUGGCAGCUGGAGCUUUUGUACUGCUAGUGUUCAUUGUCUCUAUGACUUACUUAGCCUGCAAAAAGCCAAAGAAGCCCCAGAGAAGACAGAUGAACAACAGACUCAAGCCUCUGACGCUGGCUUACGACGGCGACGCUGACAUGUAGCCUAACCACGUUCGCUUCGUACUACAAAUACUCGCCUCCUUUCACAGUCGGCCAUCGGUACAAGCCUCAAACAAGGAGACUCACGCAAACUCACCGACUGCUUUUUAUAUAAGACGCUACCGGAACCUCAGAGAGAGACUCGAUCCGUGUUUAUAUAACGUUACUCCCCCCCCCCCUUCCUUUUUUUACGUUCAAGUUUUUUGACUUUAUUUCACGAGAGCCUUCAUAAACUCUUCAGAAAUCUUCUUCAGGGAGUCUGCCUUCACCUCUCUGCCAUUGACAUCUUUCUGUAACAUAGACUUCAGUCUUUUCGGGAGGAAAGUUGCAGGACCUUUCUGAAAUUGGGACUUUUUUUUGGUUUUGUUUUUUUUGCUGAGAAAGCACAAAAUAUGCCCGUCUCUUUCUGUCUAGCCGCGCUUCUUGUCAGC